CCAUGACAUUGGUUACACUUGAAAUUUCGGUAUGGGGAUCCUAAAAGCAAAGCAUGCUGGGUGAUGCUUCUCGCAAGGCACUCUGGGCAAUGUCAUUUCCCUGUUCGCAUACCAUAUGCCAAGUCUCGUGGUUUUGUUUGUGCAUCACGAGUGGUCGGGCCUGGAAGUGAUUAGGCAGGAUUUGCCAUGCAAAUCCAUUUGGGAUUUAGCAAUGGCCAGGAGAUUAAGGCCUUGGGAGUUGGCCAAUUAGGUCUCAAGCUGGCCUUUUUUAAGAUCCUUGAAGAGGGACCCACUGGGGAAGAUGUGAGGGCAAAUCGCAGAGCUGCCAGAAGCUCACAGCCUUCUCUAUAGGAGUCAGAGAGGCCACUGCCCGGUCUCUGGAGGCUACAUUUGCCUCCUCAGCACAAGCCACCAUGGCUCCCAAAGUUGUAUUGAUAACAGGAUGCUCAUCCGGGAUUGGGCUGGCAUUGGCUGUGAAAUUAGCACAGGACAAGCAGAGGAGGUUCAAAGUGAUUGCCACAAUGAGGAAUGUAGCCAAGAAGGAGAAGCUGGAAACGGCUGCGGGGGCUGCUCUCAACAAGACACUGGAGAUCAAACAGCUGGAUGUCUGCGACGAGAAAUCCAUCCGCAGCUGCAUCAACAGCAUUCCCCAACGGCAUAUUGACAUCCUCAUCAACAACGCUGGCAUAGGUCUUAUUGGUCCCAUUGAGUGCCAGACCAUCGAAGAGAUGAAGGUCAUCAUGGAGACCAACUUCUUUGGCGUGGUGAGGAUGAUUAAGGAGGUCCUCCCUGACAUGAAGAAAAGGCGGAGCGGCCACAUUGUGGUCAUCAGCAGUGUCAUGGGUUUGCAAGGCAUCGUGUUCAACGACAUCUACACAGCUUCCAAAUUUGCCAUUGAGGGCUUCUGCGAAAGCCUCAUCAUCCAGGCGCUCAAGUUCAAUAUCUUUGUCAGUUUGAUAGAGCCUGGCCCAGUCGUGACCGAGUUUGAGAUGAAGGUCUAUGAAGAUGCAGAGAAAGCUGACUACUCUCAGACGGAUCCCGAGACAGCAGAAAUAUUCACCAAUGUCUACCUGAAAAAUUCCAAGGUCGUCUUCUCCAGCUUGGGCCAGACCCCUGAAGAUGUAGCUGAGCACACGCUGAAGGUCAUCACCACGGCCAAGCCGCCCUUCCGCCACCAGACCAACGCCAUCUACACGCCCAUGACGGCUCUCAAGCACGCCGACCCCACCGGGGCCUUGAUGACCGACUCGUUCUACAAAAUGGUCUUCAAAUAUGACACCCUCUUGCACGUAAGCCUGAAGGCCAUUCGGCUGAUCCGCUGGCAAGCCCAGAAGAUGAGGCAAGGCGCCAGGUUGUUGGGCUUCAGAUGAGGAGGCC